GAAUGCCGGCCUGGCAUGUUCUGUGCCACGUCAGUCAGCAACACCUGUGCCCGCUGCCUCCCCCACUCCGUCUGCCCGCCAGGGAUGGUUGUCAAAUUCCAGGGUACAGCUCAGAAGGACACUGUCUGUGAGAAGCCUUCCCCAAGGACCAGCUCCAAGUGCAGCGCCAGCUCAGAGGACUGCAGGGCACCUGCCAGCACCACCGCCCUGGCCGAGCCCUCCCUGAUCUCCCCGGCCAGCUCUGAGGCCAGGACCAUGCUUCUCGGAGGGCGCACCUCCCUGGCCCCAGAAGAUAUUUUUAAAAUGACUCCCAACUCUCUCUCCUCUGAGGGGAAACCCAGUCCAGAUUCAGGGCUGUCCCUCCAGCAGCCGUGCCCGCCGGGGUCCCCUGACUGCAGGAAGCAGUGUGACCCCGACUACUACCUGGACCGGAGUGGCCUCUGCAUGGCCUGUGUGACCUGUAAGAGAGAAGACCUCGUGGAGAAGACACCCUGCAUGUGGAAUGCCGACCGUGUCUGUGAGUGCCGACCUGGCAUGACCUGUGCCACAUCAGCCAGAAACUCCUGUGCCCGCUGCGUCACCAACCCCAUCUGCCCACCAGGGAUGGUUGCCAAACUCCAGGGUGUGACGGACAGGGACACCACCAAUGAGCCACCUACUUCAGGGACCCACCCUGACUGUAGCCCCAACCCAGAGGACAAGUCACCCUCCAGCGCCAUCACCCCCGUGAUCUCGAAGGCCGAAUCCCAGACCAUCAAGGGCCAUGAAGUGACCUCCUUUACCGAAAGUCCCUUUCUGUUGCCAGGACACGUGUUCUCCUGGGUGGUCCUGAUGCUGUUGGUGGUCUUGGCCUUCAGCGCCUUCCUCCUGUGCCACCGGCGGGCCUGCAGGAAGUGGAUCAGGCAGAAGCUCCACCUGUGCUACCCAGCCCAGACCUUCCGGCCCAAGCUGGAGCCUGUGGAUUCCAAGCCUGGGAAGAAACAUGCAAACCGCGGGCCCAAGCGCCUCCUAGAGUUCCCGGCUGAGGUAAAAGCCAACAGAUCUCACCCAGAACGCCUCGUGUGGGGACGUCAGGCCCUCCUGGCAGAGAUGUCCCGGGAGCUGGCGGCUGCUUUAAAGCAGAGGCAGACUCACAGGGGCCGUGGAGGAAAAGAAACGGGGGGUUCCCCAUUCAGAACUGGGGGAAGCUGGGCCUCCCCACAGCAGCACCAUUUCCCCUGUCCACAGGAGUUGGAGAGGAGAUUUUCAGUGGCACAGCCAGUCACAGCAGAGCUGGGGUUCACAAACUCCCCACUGGCGGAGACCUUCCCUGCCAUGGGGGCGGACUGUCUGGAGAGCCAGCGGCUGCUGGAAGCCAGCCCCUGUGGCACCCCCCCAUCCCCCACGGACCUUUCUGAGCCCAGGGCGGCCUCGGCCUCGGAGCACACCAACAACAGGAUUGAGAAAAUCUACAUCAUGAAGGCCGACACAGUGAUUGUGGGGACUGUGAAGACUGAGGUGCCUGAGGGCCGGAGCCUGGUGGGGCCGGCGAGCCCUGUGGAACCCGAGUUUGAGGAUCUAGAAGUGGACCAUGCCCCCCGCUAUCCGGAGCAGGAGACAGAAGCACCGCCGGGGAGCUGCAGGGAUGUCAUGUUCUCAGUAGAGGAGGAAGGGAAGGAGGACCCCUGGCCCACGACCGCCUCUGGGAAAUGAGGCCUGGCCUGCACCGGGGCUGAGAGGGUGCCUGGGGGCCAGGCCAGCGCUGUUGGCACCAAGCUGGGGACAGAGGCCCACCUGGCAUGGACUGAGUUUCCAUCAUCCAGUGCGUGCAGGAUGCAGAUGGCCUCUGUUUGCACCCCCACCCCGCUGCGCCCCAACCCAGACCUUCGGGGAGCCGGGCUUGUGCAGCAGACAACCCAGGGGCUGGAUCUAAACGGCGAUGUUUGUUGGAGCAACGACUGCCGGGCACUCUGCUUUCUGCUGUUGCCCUGAAGGAGCCCCAGAACCCUGGGCAUCCGCUUUACACUGCCAGGCCGUGGCCCGCUCGAGGCAGAGGCCAUGAGGCCUGUACCGCUCUGCCCUUGCCUCUCGCCUCCCCCAGGGCCUCAGAAGUGACACCCAUUGGGCUUUGUACCCCCAACUACUGUAAUCGUGACCUUCAGGGGGCACCGAGCCAGCGCCUGUGGUUGUCCCUGAGUCAAAAGGGAAAUUGAGGGAUGGGCGUGGUGGACCAGCUCCAUCUUGGCUGCAGUUGCAGGCUGUACUCUGUGCCCAUGUGAAUGCCCGGCUGGCUGAGAGGGACCCCCUGGGGCUGCCGGCUUGCCCUGUUUGUGGCCCUCUUGGUAGGCCGAGAACUUUGGAUCAGCUCAUCUCAGAAUGUCCCACCUGUCCCUGCAGUGGGAGGCUUGGGGACCCAGCCAUCCAGAUGGUCAACAGCUGCAGAGCCUACCCCGGCUGGUAGACUCUGCCCUCCUGCUGGUGUCCGGAGAAGGGCCCACUUUGCUUCCUCACUGCAUGAAAAAGGGGAGCCAUGGAACCCUACAUGGUCCCGGUCUGCUCAUGGGCACUGCGUGAAUGUCUCAGGCUUGCAGACAGCAGCCCUGCCCCCUGGCACUCUUGGUUGGGAUGUGGAUGUCAGAAAGCAAUGUGGCUUCACCACUCGUCUGACCUGCUUCUGUGCUGUCCGAAAGGAGAUAACAUGAAUCUGGAUUCCGGAUUUCUGCGGCUCACUCUGAGCGCGAAGCUGCCCGGGCCUGGGUCUGCUGAGCCGCUCUCCCCAGGGCCUCAGACUCGAGUCAGCAUAAGUGGCCUUGGAAAGGGGUGUCUGGCAGAGGACAGACACCGCAGCCCCAGCCUGCGUGGUGGGUGCCUGGAGGCUCCUGGAAUUACCCACUGCGAGCCGGUUGGGAAAGCUCCUGUUUACUCACCAGGAGCUGGCGGUCUGGAGGAAGUUGGGGCGACCUCAAGAAUCACAAGGGUAGUUUCUGAAACUGCUCAGAUGUUUUGGGGAAAGUCUGGGACUCUGUGAGAGGCAGUUCCACAAGAAGCUAGAGAAGUUUCCGUGGAGGGACCGCAGUCACCAGAAGGCCAGUGCAGGAGUUGUGGGCACCUUUGCACCCCCAGGCACCUGUGGACACACCCCCUGAGCGGGGACCUCUGAUGGCCUUGACCCAAGGAGUGUGACCUGGAAGCACUCCCUCCCUCGUGCAAGAGCCCUUCACAGAACUUUGAUCCUCUGAAAAUCCAUCAGGCACCUCAAAGGUGAAUCGAAACCAUCCUGAGAAUGUGAGAAAUGUGAGAAUGUGAGAAACCAUCCUGAAAAUGAGAAUCUCAAGGGUCGAGCAUUCUCUGUUCCCCUGGACUGGGAUUCCCUCUUGGGCCCCAGAGAGACACCCAGGUGGCCAGUCUGUGAGAACCAGCAGGGUGGGAGUGGGGCCUUCCCACUGCUGGAAGGGUCCCAGGAGGUAAAUCCUUUCUCCUUGGCUCCCUCCCCUGGUGCGAGGUGGCCCUUGGAGGAGACUCAGAGAAAGCCACUCUCGAUGGAAGGCGCCCUGGGAGCAUGUGCACAAAGGCCUUCUUCCCUUGGACAGGGCCGAGCAGCCCCUGCCUCUCCCCGCUGCCCCCCCUUCCUGAUCCAUUGUGUUCAGGGAGUGACAGUAAGCCCUACAGAAGCUACUGUAUUCAAAGAAAAACCAGGUUGUAGGUUGUAAAUGGUUCUAGUUUCUUGGAAUCCCUAAGGCCAGGGUCAGUUCCUAAAGUGGAACAAGAGGAAACCCCAAGAGUGAGAUUCUAGAGCCCCAGGGCGCUGCCUUGUCGCCGGCACCUGAUGUGUUGGACUGAACAGAAAUGAAACCCCAGCAGAGCCGAGGGCCAGCUCUCCAGCUGCAGGGUUUGGGGUGUCGUCUUCCCCGACCCGCACCUUGAUCCUCCCAGGCCUCUAAUGUGUGGUCGGCAAGGAAGUUUGGCAGGGGGCCAUGUGUGUGGCCAGAAUGGAUGAGGAAGGGCCAGAUGCCAGGCAGGGCCCAGGGGCCCAGCGCCGCCAUGUGGAUGCCACUGACUAGCCGCCAAGGCGGGAUGUGAUGAGGGUCAGCGGGUUCUGAGGAGAAGCUUGCCCAGCCUGCUGGGGCUCCUGCACUCCUGCCUCAGCCCUGCUCUGGAUGGCACCCCGUGCCGGGGGCAGGGCUUGCAGGGCAGGGACUUGCGGGUCACAUUUGCUUGGCUAAGCACCCGUGUUAUGGCAGUUUCCCAGAGAAAUCAGACGGCAGUCGGAGAGGUGGGGAGAGAGAUUUACUUGUCUCGCCGGCGGGCUCAGUGGGAUCGCUCCCAACAGGCUGAGCAGCCCAGAGUGAAAAUGGCAGGGCUUUAUUCAGUUUGAAUGAGGAAACUUGCUGUCCCAUCCAUCAUAACAUAAGCAUUCUUUAUUGUUCGGGAAGGGGGUCAAGGUAGCCAUGGCUGCCCCUGUGAGCAGCAGUGCCGUGCACCCAGCAACUUCUGCAAACAGCAGAAUCUAAGGAGCAGACUCCCCCAAGCAGCAGACUUGGGUAACUUUCUGCUUCACCAGCCUAGUCGCAGCGUGCAGAUGGGGUCAGCUGGGGUUUGUCUCCCAGUCCUGCCACUUACCAGUGGCUGUUCUUGCUUGUGAGUCUUGAUCUCCCCAAUGCUUGGCUCCCUGGUCUGUGAUAUAGGGGUGUCCGAUUCUGACAGGGUUGUAGGGGCCCCGUAGAUGCCACCUCACAGCUGUGGUCUUGCAACCUGGCAGCCAGUUCUCUUAAAACCCUUACUAGAUGGGUUUUAGCCACCUCGCACUUAAAAAUAGGUGAGCUUCAUAAAAUGAUUCCAUAGGUGUCUCUCAAAUAAUAUAGAAUGUUAUUUCUUUUCAGAGCAAAAUCCAGGUAAUCACCUCAAGCUCACAAUUCUGAGGUCAUGAAAGCUACAUUUCAGAAAACACUGGGUGAGCAUUACCAAAGAGAAAAGGGAGCUAUUUGGUGAUAACCAGUGUGUCAGCAUGAUGGAUCGUCAUAUGCUAACUGUUAACUUGGAUUUAAAUCAGAACUAGCAUUUAAUUAAUUGAAUUACCCAUCAGUGUUAUAUUGAAGGUGGGGCAAUCCAUCUCAGCUGCAGGAAAUAAAAGGUAGCACUGUCUGUAAAUAAUUUAAAACAAUAAUAAAACUCACUAAAGAUAAAAAAAAAAUAGGUAAAGGCCUUAGAAAAUCCUUUUCCCAGGAAAACUAAAUAGUUGGUGGUGGCCCCCUCCGGCCCACCCAGCCUCCACCUAGGCUCAUGCUCUCCAGGGACCUGGCAGCCUUGGGGCCAAGUGAUGGGAGCCCCCACAGUUGGCAGGCCCCUUCUGAAUCUGUGGGGUGUCCUGGAGAGCCCCUCAAGUCCUGGUCAAAGGAUUCACCUUUUGUUCUUCAUAUAUCUGUAGCUUAGCACUUGUGACACCCCAGGGUCCUUGGCAGGCGCAUCCUGUUAUGGAGCAACCCCCAUAUAAAACGGGUUGCCUGGCUGUGGGUCCUCACCUGCGCGCUUAGAAGGGACUUAUGAAUACUCCACUACAGGCACACACACAAGGUUAUAAAAGGUUUAUUUACAAGGGAAAGGGAAUUAAGGAAAUGUACAAUGCAGGGAGAAAAUAGGGAAAUAAAGUCUUUAAUGCGUCCUACCCAAUCCGCCAACCUGGAAACCCAAAGGCACUUUCAGAGCUGGCCGGAUGCUGCGAGCUGGCGGAGAGCCAAAAUGGGGGACCCCCCCAAAGCCCACGUGUCUGGCUGCUUAACCCCACCCUCAGGUCCCAGCCACCUUCCCUUUGGUGGUGAUGGGAUUUGGAAUUCCCAGUGUCUUUGGCUUUGGUCUGGAGUGGGGGUGGAGUCCACAAAGCCUGUAUGGAAUGAGCUUUAGGACAGCCUUUUCCGCCUAACAAUCCCACUCAGGGUCUCGGAGCCCACCAGCCUGUGGGUGCCUCUCAGGCCCUUCCUCCUCACAUUCCUCCCCAAGCCCCUGUGACGAGCAGGCCCGGCAAUGGCUGCGGCAUGUGCCUGUUCUCAGAUGCCCUCUGGUCCUGUGUCCAGCAGAUGAGAGGGGCAGCCCUGACCCUCUGCUGCAGCAGAAGGUGGUUUCUAGCUGGGUGGUCCGGGGAGGCUUCUCUGAGGAGGUGACAUGACAAAUGGAUGAAGUGGGGACCUGAGGGCAGAGCAUCCUGGGAUGGCAGGGGAUCCCCCAAAUCAAAGGUCCAGAGGUGGGAAAGCAUCUGGCCUUGAGAUUUUAGAAGCUCAACCCAUGUGCCUGCAGGGCAGAGAGGAGGAGAUGGCAGCAGGCCAGACCAGGGAGGCCCAGGGGGCACCGCGAGGCACUUUGAUUUUUAUCUUAAGAACAGCAGUGUGAGUUGAUCUUUCUUCUCUGCUAUUAGAACAAUAAACAUCCUGGUAUUAUCCCAGCGAAGCCAAACCAGGGGCAGCAAAGACGCCGGGAAGGAGGCAGCGCUAGCCGGGGUCAGGAAGCAGCGGAUGCGUUUCUCAGAAAGGCUGGCGAAGGCAUUCCCGGUUAGCCUCUCAGCUCCCGUCCACGCUGAUGUCACCACGGUAGGCUAGGAGCCUGUCUGCCUAGCUUCCCCUUUCUUGGGGUGUCUCCCAAGACAGUAAAAGCCCAACCAAAAGUCCUGGGGAGGCUGUGGGGGCCUUUGUGUUCUGUGUGGGGCGUGGGUUGUCUUAGGAGCAGGACCCCCACUUGCCACGUUGACCUCUGCCCCUGGCCUCGGGCCAUCUCAUGAACUUUCAUCUCCUGCUCGCUGUUGGGGAAGGAAUGUGAGCCUUGGAGACUCGCUGCUGGCCAACCUGGCUUCCCUCUCCUGCUCAGGUGGUUGCCGGGCACAUGGUCUCCUGCGUGGUCCUAAGAGCUUUCAAGAUUUCCUGAUCUAUGAAACAGACAUAAUAUUUGCCUUGCAAGGUGCUUGCGAGGCUCGGGGGUGGUGGUGUGGGUAAAGUGUUUGGUCUGGUGCUAGGCAGAGUCUCUGUGGGUGAGUGAUGUAAAGGAGUUUGCCCCAGUCUCCCCACAUUCCUUAUGCAUUUGGGCUGCAUCAUAAUAACUGGAAGGGGGUUAGGCUGAGUAUCAGCACUUCCCCUUCCAAAUCCAGGCUCCAAGAGGUGAUGAGACCCAGUGGCCGUCACACAGCCAGGACGUGCCAGAGCUGGAGUUCCAGAUCCUCCCUCUUCCCCUAAGGGGACCACCCGCUGCCCCCACCUUGGCAGGCUGCCCCUGCGCCAUGGCUGUGUUUGCAUCACAGUUAUCUUCUGGCUCUGUGCCCCUCUGAAGUUUCCUUUUGCCUCCAGCCACCGUAGCUAGGAGGGAGGAAGGGGGUCAAUUGCAUCCCUUCUUUCAUGGACGGCACUGGCAUUUGCAAUAAGUGGGGUAACCUCUCAGGGUUCAGCGGCAGGUGGGGUGUGGCUACCUAACUUGGUCCAGAGCCAACCCAGCCAGGGCCUCGGACCUGGAAGCAGUUUCCUGGACAGUGGUCUGACGCUGAGGUCAGGGGAGGCUCGGGGCUGGGAGGCCGGGCAGACGAGAGAAGCCAGGGAAGUGCCUGGCAAUAGAAUCACCUUUGUCGGGCCUCCCCGGUGGCGCAGCGGUUGAGCGCUGGGUUGCGAAGCUGUCCGCGGCCUCUGAGGCGUGGGUUCUAUCCCCGGCUGCUCCCCGGCCACCGGAGGAGGG